AAAUGGCAGAGCAAACGAUACCAGCCAGCCUCUGGCCGUAUGCUGGACCUGCACCACAAUUGAGUCAAGUUCUCGGUCAGGUCGCGGGCCUCUUGAACGAUCUUGGGUAUAGCAAGACGAGCAGCGCUUUGGAAAAGGAAGCCGUCAAAAAAACCGGCCUGACAAAAUUGGAUCCAGCAACCGGGCUACUUGCUCUAUACAACUCAUUGGAUGCGGCUACCACAUCAGCGAGCGACAGUGAUGCGGACAGCGAAUCCAGCGACAAUUCGAGCGACGAUAGUGAUGAUGAUUCGGAACAGGAUGAGGUCGAGGGCGCUCUUUUAGACGUGGAAGCGGAGGAAACAUCGGACGACAGCAGUGACGAGAAAUCGAGCGUGUCUAGCUCUUCGGCCACACCUGCGAAGACGAGCACAAAGAGGAAACGGACUGCGACACCAUCUUCAUCGGGAAGCAGUAGCAGCAGCGACGAGGACUCCAACUCUUCCUCGGACGAUAGCGACGCCCGUCCUGCCAAGCGAAGCAAAACUGUGGUUGCAUCCAAAGGAGCAAACACACCAGAUUCCUCUUCCAGCGAAAGCAGCAGUGACAGUAGCUCAAGCGACAGCGACAGUUCAAGUGCAGAUUCUGCAGCAGACGACAGUAGCGAUGACAGCGACAGCAGCUCCUCAUCGUCUUCCAGUGACGACAGUUCCAGCGACAGCGAGUCUGACUCGCCUCCCGUCAAAACCAAGAAGGCGGAGAAGCAGAAGGCCACAAGUGAAGCUGCUGUUUCCCAGGGUGAAGUAGCAAAGGAUAACGGAUCACAGUCAUCCGCAACAUUGCAAGGGGACUCCCCUGAAGCCGAGGAAAAAGAGGAAGAUAUGAGCGGAAUCCACCCUGAUCGUCUGAGACGAAGUCAAUUCGCGCCCGUCACAAAAAAGGAAGGCGCUGCGAACGCGAAGAAGGCCGCUGUCCCUUUCUCGAGAAUUCCAGCAGACCAGAAAGUCGACCCACGCUUCAGCAACCAAUAUGUCUCGUACGACUAUGCUGACAAGGCGUACCAAGAUCUUGUGGUGACUAAGGGCAAGGGUUUUACAAAAGAGAAGAAUAAGAAGAAACGAGGUUCAUACCGAGGUGGAGCGAUCGAUCUGGCACCGAAGGGUAUCAAGUUUGACGACUAGCGAUUAUGUUUUCUUGGUACUUUUCGCGACAUGGCAUCGCAUAGUUACUCUUGGGCAUGUCCAAUACACAUACAUUCGUGGCUGCGAGGUAACCGCCACAUAGAUUUUAAUGAAUCCUUGGACUAGGC